AUGCUUCAUUUUGCAACCCAUCCUUUUGCUUCUUCGUCCUCAUCUUCCGAAGAUGUUGUUGUUGCCAACCAUUGUGAUGAUCCGAACUGUUCCGCGAUUGGAUCAUUUGAAAAACAACAACCUUCUCCUCUCUCUGAUCAUCUCUCCUCCACAAAAUCCAUCAAACGAACCUUUUCCAAACUUCUUUUACAAUAUGAACAUGAUUUCAAAACAGCACUCUCUCAAGAACAAGAUGUUUGGAAUGAACGAAAACGUCUUCUCACAGAAAAAGAACAAACCAUUGCUCAUAAAGAACAUGUGCUAGAACAGAAUGAACGAGAAUUUGAGAAUAUUGUGCAAGCACAGGUUUCCAAACUCAUCGACAAGAAACGCAAGGAAAUGAUGAGCGAUUAUGAAGAACGAGAAACAAAAAUUUCAAAAAUUGAAAAACGCAUUGCUUCAAGUGCCUUGUUAGAGUCUCGUCUAGGUCCGAAUCAAGUCAUUCGUUUAAAUGUUGGAGGUAAAAUCUAUUGUACAUUUCUCUCCACCUUGAAGAAUGAAAAGGAUUCCUUCUUUUGUGCCUAUUUUAACGAUUACUUUGAUCCGAAACCGGAAGAACACGAUCAAGCCUUUUUCAUUGAUCGUCCCUAUGAACAUUUUCAUUUGAUUUUGAAUCAUUUGCGAGGAAUGGAUAUUUCCAAAAACUUGAGCGAGAUGAAAGAGAGUGAAUUGUGUAACUUUAUGGAAGAGGUGGUCUAUUAUCAAAUCUCUUCAAUUUUCAAUUUAUUUCCGAGUCAUGGGAAAGCCAUGUUGAUGAACAAGUUCAAUAUUCAUGUUCCAGAUAUGCUAUUUCAUCCCAAUUACAUUUCUUCUAAUGCAGAACUCUCACCUGACCACAGAAGAAUUCAAAAGAUCAGUGGUGGCUAUGAGUGGAACUGUGCCUGCAUGGGAAAAACAGAAUGUACUGAAUUUUCAGUCAAGCUUGUAGCCAAUUGUUCGCAUGUAUCCAUUGGGUUCUGUACUACACGAUUGGUUAAGCUCAAUUCUGACAAUACUUCACUGUCCUUUAGUUUAUGUACCCAUGACGGAAAAUUGUAUUGUUCAAGAAAGUGUUUACGAUAUGGUCACAAGUAUAUAUAUCAAUCCAUCCAUGAUGGAUCCGUCAUUAAGGUUAUUUACGAACCCAAGAGAGGAAGAAUUUCGUUUCUUGUGAAUGAUAUCAAUCAUGGAAUGGCAUUUGAUCGUGUUGGGUCAAAUUUGACACUUUAUCCAAUUAUUGAGCUUGGUACUCCAGAUGCUCAAGUGGAAUGUUUGUAG